AUGAAUAUAAAAGAGCAUUACAAUAAAUUAGUAAAGAACAAACAAGAUAGACACAAAUCUGCAGUGGCAAAUAUUCGAUAUGCUAAUAAUUUUAUAAAAGCCAUUUUUAUUAGAAUGUACGCUAAACAAAAGAUGCUGGUUCUAGAUUUAGGAUGCGGAAAAGGUGGAGAUCUUAAGAAGUUUGAUAAUGCAAAAAUAUCUGAAUAUUACGGUCUUGAUAUUGCGGAAGUAUCAGUUUACGAUGCAAGAAAGCGGCAUAAUGAUUCAGAAAACACUUUUAGGGCCUAUUUUGAUAAUUUAGAUGUUUACAAUACACCAUUUGACUUAAAAAAAGAAUUUGAUUUAAUUUCAUGCCAGUUUAGCCUGCACUACGCUUUUUCGUCACAAAAGUCUCUUGAAAUUACCGUGCGGAAUAUCAAUAAACAUUUAAGAAUUGGAGGAUAUUUUAUUUUUACUGUACCAAAUAAAGAUGAGAUAUUGUACAGAUAUAAUAAAGGGAUUUUAAAAAACGAAUUUUAUAAAAUUAGAUACGAUGGAACAGGAAAUUUUUAUUAUUUCACUUUGAAAGAUUGUGUCAAUGACUGCAUUGAAUAUUUUGUCGAUAUGAAAUUGUUAAAAGAACUGUUAGAAUUUUACAAUAUAAAAAUGGUAAGAAGAGAAUUUUUUGAUGACUUUUAUUUUCGUUCGAUUGCUGAAAAUAGAGAAUUGGCUAAACGGAUGAAAUGUGGAGAAUUACGCAAAGAAGAAAUAGAAGUAAUCAGUCUUUAUGAAUUUUGUGUAUUUAAAAAAUUUUAA